AUGGAAGGGUUCGAUGAGGAAGAGUUUAAGAAGUUCUUCCCGAGCGGCUUUGGGAAGCAGACGAAAGAAGCCGAUAUCAAGACGCAGAUUGAUCGAACGAAGCGAAAGGAGCCUAUCGAAACACCUAGUGCUGGGGCAAUAGAAAAGCCGGCAAACCCAUCGCAGGAAGCUGCUGAAGAUAAAGGCAACGGAGAUUCAGAUUCGGACUCGGAUUCGGACUCUGACUCCGAUUCACCUGAAGAUGAAUUCCCCGUUUCCCAUAACCUCGUCUUUAGAACGCACGAUCGAGCUGUGACGACAAUAACACUUGAUACCGCUGGAGCGCGCAUGAUAACGGGUUCGACGGACUGCACAGUUAAAUUCCACGAUUUUGCAUCACUGACGCCUUCGACACUACGGGCGUUUAAAUCGGUGGAACCAAAUGCGAGAAAAAAUGCAACAUCUUCGUCCGAGAUACAUCCUGUCCACAUUGCCAAGUUCAACCCUAUUUCCCCUAGCCAGAUCUUGGUGGUAUCGGCCACUCCUCAAGCGAAAGUCCUCAGCCGCGAUGGCGAUACGCUUGCAGAAUUUGUGAAGGGAGACAUGUAUUUGCGGGAUAUGAAGAAUACCAAGGGUCACAUAUCUGAAGUUACCAGUGGAACCUGGAGCCCAACAGAUUACAACCUGUGCGUCACGGCUGGUACGGAUAGCACAUUGCGUAUCUGGGACGUUAAUGAUUCAAGGAGCCAGAAGGAAGUCAUCGUGCAUAGGUCAAAGGUGGCUGGGUCUGCAGGUAGAAGCAGAAUGACUGCUGUUGCCUGGGCAUCCCCUACGCAGGGAGGACCAAAUGCGCUGAUAGCAAGCGCUCUCGACGGCAGUCUUAUUAUGUGGGGAGGAGAUGGGCCCUUUACGAGACCAAGUGCUGAGAUUAAAGAUGCACAUACAAGAGACUCGUGGACCAGCGGCCUGGAUAUUAGCCCGGAUGGGAGGUUGGUAGUUACCAAGGGAGGAGACGACUUGAUCAAACUGUGGGAUACCAGGAAAUUCAAACAGCCGAUAACGACUGUCUCGCAUAUAUCUGGAUCAAAACAUUACCCGACGUCUAACAUACAAUUUUCCCCAAGCGGAGCAAACAUUGUGACGGGUUCUGAGACCGGACAUCUCCAUAUAUUGAAUCCCGCUACUCUCAAACCUGAACUGGUCACCCUGGUCACCCCCGACUCACCUCUAAUUUCCGUACUGUGGCACGAAAAGCUCAACCAGAUUGUUACAGGGUCUGCCAACGCAGAGACGCAUCUACUAUAUAACCCAUCGCUCUCGCAUAAUGGAGCUCUGACGAUAAUGUCCAAAGCACCAAAACGGCGGCAUGUCGAUGAUGAUCCAAACUUCACGACUGACAUCUCCCUCGGAUUCUCGGGCGAAGGCAUCGUUAAUGGCAGCGGAAUAGCAGCGGCCAGCUUCGCAGCCAGACAUCCUAAUGUUGGACUCACAGCUUCUGGACGAUCAAGAGACCCUCGCCGGCCGCACAUACCAGCUCAGACGCCCUUCGCUAAAAGCCAGCCUGACGAGAAACAUAUCAAAGACAACAUCCCUCUCAGCUCAAUGAGAGACGAGGACCCUCGCGAGGCGCUUCUGAAGUAUGCCGAAGCAGCCGAGAAGAAUCCAAUAUUCACUUAUGCAUGGAAAGACACGCAGCCCAAGACCAUCUACGCUGAGCUGAGUGACGAGGAGGAAGAAACCAAGCGAACAGGCUCUGAUAAGAAGCGGAUAAAACGGAAUUAUUAG